AUGUCCGUCCAACCCGGGACGGAACCGGCGGAUGCUGCCCAAUUGGCUCGCCCUGUACAUUCAUUUCAGGCGAGCCGAGAUGUGGACGCGGUUGUGUCGGCGGUCAUACUUGUCUCGCCGGCGGCUGCUGUGAGACGGGAUACAACUGUCCUACCAUUGGCGGCAAGUUCUGUGUCCCAGCAACGAACCGGUGACAUCACGAUUCCAGUUAUCACGAGUUCUUCAUAUCUGGACUGGGAGCCGACGGAGACUCCAGAUGUUGAUACAACAGAGACCAUCUCGGAACCUAUCAUUACUUCGACGUCUGCAGGCCCAUCUCGCUCUCCCAGCACACCAGACCCGACCCCGACAACCACCGCGAACAGUGACCGCAGUAGCGAUGGUACUGAUAGCAACGGCAGUGGCAGUGGCAGCGGCAGCGGCGGCUCAUCUUCGUUGGGCUCUGGAGAUGAUACAUCAGACGAUUCGUCUGACACGUCUGACUCCUCUGACACAUCUGAUAAUCCAUCGGACGCAACAUCAUCCACGGGCUCUUCUGACCUCCCCGGGAUAGCCGGUUCAUUAUCAGUGAGUUUGGAAUCAUGGAUGGCAUUGGUUUUGAUGGUGCCUUUUGUCGUGUAUAAACUAUAG